AGAUACUUGCGGUAUAUUUUGGCACGCCCGCCAAGUUCCGUUACCAUUGCAGUCAGUCGAUUCUACUUUUGCUGCAUGACAAUCGAAAAUUAGUUUAGAGACAAGUUAUCUCAACCCCUAGCUACUACCACUAAUAGUUAGCGUGUAUGAUUCGAUUCCCCACCUCUGGCAAGCAGUAUUAUCGAUACGUGCUCGACCUGACCUGUUCAAAGCCUUUGGAACGCGCCAUUACUUUCCCCUUUCCAAAGGCCUCAACAAUGCUCACCAAGGCCAGCGACGCUAGUCCAAGAUGAAAGCUGUUCUUCGGCGGCAGCCAGUGCUCGCAUUCAGGAGCUACAGCUCCUCAUGCCGCUUUCUUGCCCUCUCAACGUCCCAUUCAAGGCCGUUCUCCGUCUUAAACCGGCCACCUCCCAAUUACCCAGGACAUGUACCUCUCACAGGCAUUGAACGGACCGGGCUGGCCAUUGGUUCCGGAAUCAUGUCAUUUCUAGACCCCCGGCGAGGAGACCUCAUCGCCGCGUUCGCCGAGGCAACCGCGACGCCCUACUUCAUCUACCGGCUCCGGGACGCCAUGCUCGCCUCCGCGACGGGGCGUCGCAUCCUCCGCGACCGGCCGCGCAUGACGUCGACGAGCCUGAACCUCCCGCGGCUCCGCGCCCUGCCGGACGGCUCGGUGGGGCGCGCCUACGUCGCCUGGCUGGACCGCGAGGGCGUGACGCCGGACACGCGCAGCGCGGUGCGGUACAUCGACGACGCCGAGUGCGCCUACGUGAUGCAGCGGUACCGCGAGUGCCACGACUUCUACCACGCGCUGACGGGCCUGCCCGUCGUCCGCGAGGGCGAGGUCGCCCUCAAGGCCUUUGAGUUCGCAAACACCCUCCUGCCCAUGACGGGCAUGAGCGUCUUCUCCGCCGCCACCCUCAAGCCCGCCGAGCGCGCCCGCUUCGCGAGCAUAUACCUGCCCUGGGCGCUGCGGAACGGCCUGCGGGCCCGCGACGUCAUCAACGUGUACUGGGAGGAGGAGCUGGAGAGGGACGUCGACGACCUGCGGCGGGAGCUCGGCGUGGAGCCGCCGCCGGACCUGAGGGCGAUCAGGAAGAGGGAGCGGGAGGAGAGGAAGAGGAGGGAGGCGGAAAGGGGGGCUGCCAGGGCUGCACCCGGCGCCGCGUAGCCGACGUAGAGACACGGCAGCUGCACGAGACGGGGGGGGAGGGGGACUUUGAUUUAUUUGUCCCUGGAUACGUAGUUGGGACUCGUGCCGUGCCAUGCCAUCGCUGUACCAU